AUGACAAGAGGCGAGAUCUGCCACCUUCACAUCGGCCAGGCUGGUGUUCAGCUUGGUAACGCCGCUUGGGAGCUGUACCUCCUCGAGCACGGCCUUACCCCCGAUGGACACUUCAAGCCGGAACUUGCCGACGAUGUUACCCAGAACGGUUCCUACGACACUUUCUUCACCGAGACCGCCGGCGGCAAAUAUGUUCCCCGCUCUGUCUUCGUCGACUUGGACCCAUCCCCAAUUGACGAGAUCCGCACCGGUGCCUACCGUCACCUCUUCCACCCCGAGCAGCUGAUCAGCGGCAAGGAGGAUGCUGCCAACAACUAUGCCCGUGGUCACUACACCGUUGGCAAGGAGUACGCUGAUAACGUGAUGGACCGUAUCCGACGUGUCAUUGACAACUGUAGCUCCCUGCAGGGAUUCUUGAUCUUCCACUCCUUUGGUGGUGGUACCGGUUCUGGAUUUGGUGCUCUUCUGCUUGAACGUCUUGCCAGCGAGUAUGGCAAGAAGUCCAAGCUGGAGUUCUCCGUUUACCCUGCGCCCCAAGUGUCUACUGCCGUUGUGGAGCCUUACAACGCCGUUCUGUCCACCCACAGCACCAUUGAGAACGCGGACUGUACUUUCCUUGUCGAUAACGAGGCUGUCUACGACAUCUGCCGCCGUCACUUGGAUAUCCCCCGCCCUGGCUACGAUCAUUUGAACCGCCUCAUCGCCCAGGUUGUCAGCUCUAUCACUUCCAGCUUGCGCUUCGACGGUGCGCUCAACGUCGACUUGAACGAGUUCCAGACCAACUUGGUGCCCUACCCGCGUAUCCACUACCCUCUGAUCUCCUACGCCCCUGUUGUUUCUAUCAAGCACAGCUCCCACGAGAGCUUCAAGGUCCAGGACCUUACCACUCAGUGUGUUGAGCCACACAACCAGAUGGUGGUCUGUGAUCCCCGCAAGGGUAAGUACAUGGCCGUUGCUCUGCUGUACCGUGGUGAUGUUGUGCCCCGUGACUGCAAUGCUGCCGUUGCUGCUCUCAAGGCCAAGGAUACUUUCAACUUGGUUGAGUGGUGCCCCACUGGAUUCAAGCUGGGUAUCAACUACCAAAAGCCCGUCCGUGUUCCCGACAGCGAGCUCGCCCCCGUCGACCGCUGCGUCAGCAUGCUCUCCAACACUACCGCCAUCGCGGAGGCCUGGAGCCGUCUGGACCACAAGUUCGAUCUCAUGUACUCCAAGCGUGCCUUUGUUCACUGGUACGUUGGUGAGGGUAUGGAGGAGGGUGAGUUCUCUGAAGCUCGUGAGGAUCUCGCUGCCCUCGAGAAGGAUUACGAGGAGGUUGCUGGCGACUCAAUCGACGAGAUUGACGAGGAAGCUGAGUACUAA